AGCAAGAAACUCUUUUGAUUAGAAUAGAAAGACGUUAGAAAAAUGUCCAAAUAUCAGCCUAAUUGACAAUGAAGAAAGAAAGGAAUUGAAUGAAUUAAUUUGAUAGAAGUUUAAAUUGGAGUGGGUGAGAUUCCGACCUGAUUCGUAGACCAAGAGCAACGAAGAAAAAGAAAUUUUGUUGAAACCCCAUUUGUCGGAUCUGAGAAGGCGGGUGUUCUCUUUUUUUAAUUUCCCUUUUAAUUCACAUUUAGCAUUCGCCUUUUGAUGCUCCCUUGUCAGAUUUAUUCUUCUGAAGAAAGGAAAUCGCAACAAGCUAAAGCACAACCAAACAAUUUUCUCCCCAUCACUGCUUGUUUUCUUUUUAUCUUGUUCUUCCUUCCCAAGUGAAGUCCAUUUCUCCCAAACAAAAACAGUCCCCAAAGAUCUCACUUCUUUCCCUUUGUUCGUUUGUUUGUUUUCAUCCCCUCCAGAAAACCCCCACACAGAUUUUUGUGCAAGAAAUGGAUCUGGGUUUCUAGUUUCAGGGACUGAUUCUCCGAGGUGUAGCAGUGUACAGAAAAUGGCAACUGAAACAGAAGCACCUGCAGAGAAGCACAGCUCUAAGAGACAAGCAUGGUUCUGCACCACUGGCUUACCCAGCGACAUUGUCAUCGAAGUGGACGAUAUGGCUUUCCAUCUCCAUAAGUUUCCUCUAAUGUCAAAGAGCCGGAAACUUCACAAUUUGAUAACUGAGCAAGAAGCCAAUUGCUCCACUCCUACCAGAGAGAAUCAAAAUGAAAAUGAUGAAGCAGAGGAACUGGAAGAAGAAGACGAAGUUGAGGAAGAUCACUGCCAUAUAGUGCUCUCUGAUUUCCCCGGCGGUUCUGAUACCUUUGAAAUGGCAUCGAAGUUCUGCUACGGUGUGAAGAUCGACCUCAACUCUUCCAAUGUCGCUCCUCUCCGCUGCGCCGGAGAGUUUCUGGAAAUGACGGAAGAGUACAGCGAAGAAAACCUAAUCUCAAAAACUGAGAGAUACCUCUCCCAAACCGUACUCAAAAGCAUCAAAGAGUCGAUUAAAACGCUGAAAUCUUGUGAGCCUGUAAUGCCUCUAGCCGAGACCUUAAGCAUUACGCAGAGAUGUAUAGAUUCGAUCGCUUCAAAAGCGCCUUCCGCCGAUCCAGCUUUGUUCGGAUGGCCAGUCAGUGACGGAGCCAGUGGCGCUCAUGAUCAUUCGAAGCAGAUGCUUUGGAAUGGAAUCGAAACCGGAGGGCGAAAGAAGAGCGGUGGUAGAGGAAGCAAGGGAGGCUCAUGGUUUGAGGAUCUCGCUCAGCUGAGUCUCCCUCUGUUUAAGCGGUUGAUUUUCUCCAUGAGAGACCAAGAUAUAAGCUCGGAGAUUAUUGAAAGCUGUUUAAUGAACUACGCUAAGAAAUAUAUUCCAGGUAUAUCCAGGUCGAACCGGAAGCCAUCGUUGCCAUCCUCCUCUUCCUCUAGUAUGCCUACGGAGACUGAUCAAAAGGAGUUGUUAGAGACCAUAAUCAGUAAUCUUCCAUUGGAGAAGAGCUCCAGAACUUCAACCGCAACAAGGUUCCUGUUCGGAUUACUGCGGACGGCCAAUAUAUUGAAUGCUUCGGAAGCUUGCAAAGCUGCUUUAGAGAAGAAAAUAGGAUCACAACUCGAACAAGCAACAUUGGACGAUCUUCUGAUUCCGAGCUAUUCGUAUCUGAACGAGACCUUAUAUGACGUUUAUUGUGCAGAGAGGAUCUUAUCUUACUUCUUAGAUGGCCUCGAAGAGAGAAAUGCAGAGGUAACUGAAGUUAAUCAAGCCGUAGCCGAGGAUGAUGGUCUCAGAUCGCCGGCGUUAAUGCUCGUCGGUAAAUUGAUAGAUGGAUAUCUCGCGGAGAUUGCCUCAGACGCCAAUCUGAAGGCGGAAAGAUUCUACAACCUCGCAAUUUCUCUCCCUGAACAGGCUAGGCUCUUCGACGACGGUGUAUACCGAGCCGUCGAUGUGUACCUCAAGGCUCAUCCAUGGAUCUCCGAAGCAGAACGCGAGAAGAUCUGUGGAGUAAUGGACUGCCAAAAACUGACAUUAGAGGCAUGCACUCACGCCGCUCAGAACGACCGUCUUCCACUGCGAGCAGUAGUGCAGGUCUUGUUCUUUGAACAGCUGCAGCUUCGUCACGCCAUCGCUGGAACACUCAUGGCUGCGGAGACCGUACCGGCGGAUACCGGAAGAUUCUCAGGCGUAUCCCGCCGCGAAACGGAGGAGGUGGAACGGGGAGUCGGAGAGGAGUUGGAGGAGGAAAUUCCGGGGGCAAUCGUGCACGGGAAUGGCACGUGGAGAGAGACGGUGAGGGAGAAUCAGAUGCUUCGCUUAGACAUGGAUAGCAUGAGGACGCGGGUGCAUCAGCUUGAAAGAGAGUGCUCGACGAUGAAGAAAGUGAUCGAGAAGAUCGAUAAGGCGGCGGGCCCACAAGAUAAUGGAGGACGAUGGCGAGGAUCGUUGAUCAGACGGUUUGGAUGUAAGUUCAAAACUCAGGUUUGUGAUUCGCAUGAAUCGGCGGUCCUGGAUGGCCGGAGAGGACGAAACAACCAUCAUCAGCAGUAGAACCUAUUGCAAGUGAUUAUUCCUCUUUUUAUCUGGUGGGUCCCACAUAUUCAUCGUACGGCAAUUUGUAAUGGAUGCCACGGAGGCUUACCUUCUUUUUUAUUUUUUGGGGUUAAAUUGGGAGUUGUAAUUUUACAAAUUUUGUGAUGGGUAAUCAAAUUGUUGCUUCCACGCACCCUUUUGAUUGUGGCACGCCUUUUGAGCAAUGGGGGUGUAUACUAAAUUAGUAUCACCGCAUGAAACGUGUGCCUCUCAUUCUUAUUUGUGAAUGAAUUAGUUCUAAAAUUGCACAUUGCAA